GGUGAUGCCAAUGACACCAGCCCAGAUGGCUUCAUCCUUUUGGGCUUCUCAGAUAAACCCAGGCUGGAAAUGGCCCUCUUUGUGGUGGUCUCUGUCUUCUACAUGGUCACACUAGUGGGCAACCUCACCAUCAUCCUCCUGUCCCACCUGGACCCCCAGCUCCACACCCCCAUGUACUUCUUCCUCACCCAGCUCUCCAUCCUGGACCUCUGCUUCACCACCAGCUGCAUCCCCCAGAUGCUGGUGAACCUGUGGGGCCCCGACAAGACCAUCAGCUACCUGGGGUGUGCAAUGCAGCUCUACAUCUUCCUGGGCCUGGGAGCUGCUGAGUGCGUGUUGCUUGUGGUCAUGUCUUUUGACCGCUAUGUGGCCGUGUGCAGACCCCUGCACUAUGCUGUCAUCGUGCACCCAAAGCUGUGUGACAGGCUGGCGUUCCUGGUCUGGGUGAGUGGAAUCUGUGACUGUCUGGUGCAGGGACACUCCACCAUGAAGCUGCCCUUCUGCAGCCACCACCGGGUGGAUGACUUUGUCUGUGAGGUCCCAGCUCUGAUCCGCCUGGCCUGUGGGGACACACAUGUCAACGAGCUUCAGAUAUCUAUGAAUGUUGGCAUCUUCCUAUUGGGACCACUCCUGCUGAUCCUCAUCUCUUAUGGACAGAUCACCCGGGCGGUGCUGGCCAUCCAGUCCCAGGAGGGCAGGAGCAAGGCCUUCCGCACCUGUUCUUCCCACCUGCUUGUUGUCCUCCUCUUCUACUGCAGUGCCACUGCUGUGUAUGUAAGACCGAGGAGCUACUUCUCCCAGAAGGCAGGGAAGUUUCUGACACUCUUCUACACUGUGGUGACCCCCACUCUCAAUCCCCUCAUCUACACCUUGAGGAACAAAGACGUCAAGGGGGCUUUCAUGAGACAGUUUGAGAAAAGCAGAACAGCCAGCAUGGAAUGA